AUGACGUUCAGUAUUACGAUUGAUCCUACUGAUCCGGAUUCGGAUAACUCUUCUUUGACCGAUGAGGAAGACUCUUCUUCUGGAACUGGAGUACAAGUUUCAGCACCCUCUGAUUCGGGAAGUCAUGAUUAUCAAGAUCCCUAUGAUGAGUGGGCACAUUUGCCGUAUCCGGACGAACUGAAGCCAUCUGACUCGGCGUCUCGGCCAAGAACUUCACACCGUAGCCGUUACCCGAUCCACGGCUCGCGUUCGACUUCGGGCCGUCGUUAUUCAUCGAGGCGUCAUAUUAUACCGGAGCGGGAGUCAUUCUCCCGUCGCCCACGCCGUCACCCGUCGCCAGACUCACCAGAAAGUGUGGAUUCCGCAGAGGAAUAUUCGGGGCUUUAUGGCCGCGCACCUCACGACAGGAGGUUCUGGCCACCUGUGGCCCAUGCCUCAGGUUAUGCUAACAGCUCCUCCUCAGGGCCAUCUCAUGUCUACCCUCACUCUUCGGUUCAACAUGGGGCGCUUGGACACCCGAAUGGCUCUCAUCCUCCAUCCGAUCAGCUUAUAAGAUUCGGCCAUCACACUCAACUGGGUCAACCGACACCAUAUGGACACUCUCUUUAUUCAUAUGGUUCUCAAUUCCAGCAUCCUCAUGGCGCUUCCAUGCCCCCGUUUUUUGUCCAUGAUCAUCAUCCAGCGAAUAUACCAAAUCAUAAUGUACACUAUUCACAUUCCUCUUCCCAUGGUCGAGGUGAAGGACACAGCCAGCCUCAACAGCAAAUGCAGCAUAGUGUCUCUCCCCAUGGACCAUCACCUUAUGGUGGUCCCCCCCUGAGUAGUCAAGACCUGGUGCCAUACAGCCCAGCUGGAUAUUACCCUUUCAGAGAUUCCUAUCCUAUGAUCCCUGGCAUGAUUCCUCCGUCCUACUUUGGUUCCUACCCGCGUCCACCAUCCCCUCCUAGUCAGGUUGAAUCAAGUCCAUCCCCAGCGCCCCCCCCGACAGACACGGCCAAAGAUGAGGCUAUUGCAAGACUGGAAAAGUUGAUUAUGGAAGAAAGGAGUGAACGGGAGGCUCGGGAGGCCCGGGAAGCUGCACGCCAAGCAGAGAUCCAACAGGAAGCCGCUGAACAGGCUGCCAGAGAAGAACGUGCUGCGCAUGAGAAACAAAUAGCUGAAGAGGCCGCUGCUCUUGCUAGAGCAGAGGCGGAACAAAAAGCCGCCGAAGAAGCAGCAAAAGCAAAGCAAGAGGCAGAAGAAGCGGCGGCGGCGGCGGCGGCAGAGGCGGCAGCAGCAGCCACCGAAGCAGCAAAUGCGGCGGCAGCAGAGGCAGCAGCGGCAGCGACAGAAGCAGCAAACGCAGCGACGGCUGAAGCUGUCGCAGCAGCAACGGCGGCGGCAGCCAACCCGCCUCCUCCGGAAAAGAAAAAGCCGAUAAAAUUCAAAGAUGCCGUUGGGAGGAAAUUCAGCUUUCCAUUCGAUUUGUGCUGCACUUGGCAGGGUAUGGAAGAACUGAUUCGUCAAGCUUUCCUUCACAUAGAGGUAAUUGGGCCUCACGUUGCCGAGGGACACUACGAUCUAAUAGGUCCCAAUGGUGAUAUAAUACUUCCACAAGUCUGGGAAACCGUCAUUGAACCCGAUUGGACCAUAACCAUGCACAUGUGGCCUAUACCCGAAAAGCCCAAAACCCCAGAACCACCACCCACCCCUUCUCCAGAAGCACCGGCUGCCCCGGAAGUAGCAGGCACUUCCGAAACUCCUGGAGCUGCUGAACCCUCCGAGGCCUCCCCAGCACCUGAAGGAGAAGGCGUUACAAGCGAAGAGCCCAAAAGGAAGCCCGAUUCAGCAGGUAUGUAUAUUCUUAAGAUUACCAUUCCAGCCCAAGUUGUUUGUGUCAAAGAUUCAUGA